AUGCCCAGUGCCACAUCGAACGGACUUGCCUUUGAUCCAGCCGCGUUGAGGGCAAAGUACGACGAGGAACGUAACAAACGUAUCCGAGACGAUGGUAUCAAACAAUAUCAGGAGGUCGACACCGGCUCGUUGAGGCAUUAUGUCGAAGACCCAUACACAAAACCUGGGUUCUCCCGUGCUCCAAUCGACGAAGACAUCGAGUUCCUCGUGGUUGGAGGUGGCUAUGGUGGUCAACUCAUAGCCGCACGUCUUCUGGAAGCUGGAACCACCAAUAUCCGCAUUAUCGACAAGGCGGGUGAUUUUGGAGGAACCUGGUAUUGGAAUCGUUAUCCUGGAGCAGCGUGUGACCUCGAAUCAUACAUCUAUAUGCCAUUGUUGGAAGAGCUCAACUAUAUGCCGACGGAAAAGUACACCAGAGCGCCAGAAUUGCUUCAGCAUGCGCGCAACAUCGGAAAACAUUUCGGUCUUUACGAUAAGGCCCUGUUCCAGACUGAAGUUCUCAGCCUGAACUGGGAUGCGGCUACCCAUCGUUGGAUUGCAAGGACAAAUCGUGGCGAUACUAUUCGCGCACAAUUCGUUGCCACGGCGAGUGGACCUCUUCACAAGCCAAAGUUGCCGGGCGUUCCUGGGAUUGAGACGUACAAGGGCCACAGCUUCCAUACCAGUCGAUGGGAUUACGGUUAUACUGGAGGUAACACAACAGGAGGAUUGAGCAAAUUGGCCAAUAAACGUGUUGGAAUCAUUGGAACCGGUGCAACAGCGGUCCAAGUAAUUCCUCACCUCGCUCAAGGAGCUCAACACCUCUACGUUUUUCAACGGACACCAUCUUCAGUGGACAAGCGACUUGAUCAGCCAACCAACCCAGAGUGGGCUUCCUCGUUGACGAAAGGAUGGCAACAGAAGAGGAUGGACAAUUUCAAUAUCAUCGUCUCUGGAGGACACCAAGAUGAAGAUCUUGUGAAUGAUGGCUGGACCGACAUCUUGAGGAAUCUUUCGGUUUAUGGAGGAACGGAUCAACCCACUGCAAGUUUAGGGGCUUCUGCUCUACAAAUGGCCGAUUUCAGAAAGAUGGAGCAAGUCCGAGCCAGAGUGGAUCAGACUGUCAAGAACCCAGCGGUCGCUGAGAAGCUGAAGGCGUACUACAACCAAUUCUGCAAGCGGCCAUGUUUCCACGAUGACUACCUUCCCACGUUCAACAGAGAGAACGUUAGUCUGAUUGACACAAACGGAAAAGGAAUCGAACGUAUUACUGAAAAUGGGAUUGUGACAAAUGGCGAGGAAAUCAAAUUGGACGCUAUUAUCUACUCCACCGGGUUUGAGUUCAGCACUGAUUACAGCAAGAGAAUUGGCAUCGAGAUCACGGGACUCAAUGGAGAUACGCUAAGUCAGAAAUGGGAGGAUGGUGAGAAGACAAGCACGUUUCAAGGGUUUUGGACUCGAGGCUUUCCAAAUCUCUUCAUUGUCAGCAUUGUACAGUCAGGCAUGACUCCUAAUUUUGUGCAUAUGCUGAGUGAGCAAGCGAAGCACAUUUCCUACGUGGUUAACGAAUGCAAGGAGAGGAAGGUUAAAAGUAUUGAGGCGGAGCAAGAGGCGGAGGACAAGUGGGUGGAGACUAUUAUGGAAGGGGGGAAGCUUCAGAGGGAUUUUGUGAAAGAUUGUACGCCUGGAUACUACAACCAGGAAGGGCAGGCUACAGAUAGAGCUUUGCGGAAUUCAACUUAUGGAUGGGGUUCUGUUGCUUUUAUCAAACUUUUGGAGGAUUGGAGGAAGACCGGGAAGCUUACUGGACUGGAGCUGAAGACUGAGUAG